GUGGUGGUGGGACUAGGGCAGUAUCCCCGACUUGCAGCCUUUACUCUGAUGGGGGUUCACAAGAAGGAUGUGUUGAAUCUAAUCAGUUUUUUGUGACUAAUAAGAGCUAUAUGAUUGGGGCGUCACAGGCUGGUCCUUCCACUGGUUUUCUAAAGAAAACUAAAACUAGGAAAAGAAGGUCUAAGAGUUCAAGGAAAGCAAAGGGGAGAUGUGAAGAUAUUUGUUAUGAGGAUGUGGUGAAGAAACAAGGAUCUUUGUUAGGAUCAGUUGAGAAGAGGAAGGCAGAAGAUGAUCUGGAAGGAAUGGGGCGGCCUCAAGACUUGACAAUUCCUCGCCUCAUGGAAUUGCGUAAAAAACAUUUUCCGGAGGUGUUGUUCUUAAUGGAGACCAUGAAUUGCAAGAAUGUUAUUGUAGAUAUUCAAGUUUGGCUGGGGUAUGAUCAUGUAUAUACUGUUGAUCCGGUUGGUACCUGUGGUGGCCUAGCUUUAUUUUGGAAUGAGAUCAAGUUCGCAGAUAAGAAUGUGUUGGACCUGUUUGUACAGUUAGGGUCUAACAAUUUCUUUGUUUCUUGUGUGUAUGGCAACCCGAAUGCUAGUUUGAGACAAGAGGUGUGGGAGAGAUUGACUAGGAUUGGGGCUUCAAGGAAGGAGAGCUGGUGUAUGGUUGGUGAUUUCAACGAGAUACUAAAUAAUUCUGAGAAGAUUGGAGGUCCGAGGAGGUGUGAGUCCUCCUUUAAACCUUUCUCUACUAUGCUCAGUGACUGUGGAAUGUCUGAAUUGGCAAGUUCUGGUAACAGCUUUACUUGGGGUGGAAGAAGGCAAACUUUAUGGAUUCAAUGCAAAUUGGAUAGAGGUUUUGGUAACAAAAAUUGGAUGAGUAUGUUCCCUGCUUCCAAUCAAGGUUUUCUGCCUAAAAGAGGAUCAGACCACAGACCAGUUUUGGUGAAUCUGGUCUCUUCUCAAGCAUCUUACAAAGGGUCUUUUAGGUUUGAUAAACGUAUGCUCCACAAGCCUUUGGUGAAAGAGGCUAUUACCAUUGCUUGGAACUCAUCUGUUAAUUCGGCUGACGAUGGUGUUUCCACUCGAUUGAGGAAGUGUAGAAAAGCGCUGAUCAUCAGCUUGCCCCUCUUCUCUCCGGAUUAAUCAGCUGAAGAAUAGGCUUGU